CAUUAGGGAGCGUCUUAAAAUAGGCAGCCAGAAGGCCAGGAGGAGCACUCAGCUGGAGCCUUCAAGCUAGACACACACACACUCAGCUCUGUCUGCAGCCAGGAUGUCCAUCGUCAAGAUCCACGCUCGUGAGAUCCUCGACUCCAGAGGAAACCCUACAGUGGAGGUUGAUCUUUACACAGCGAAAGGUCGGUUCAGGGCUGCGGUCCCCAGCGGCGCCUCCACAGGUGUUCAUGAGGCUCUGGAGCUGAGAGAUGGAGACAAAACUCGCUACCUGGGCAAAGGUGUGAUUAAAGCUGUUGAUCAUGUAAACAAGGACAUCGCUCCCAAGCUGCUGGAGAAAAAGCUGAGUGUUGUUGACCAGGAGAAGAUCGAUAAGCUCAUGCUGGAACUUGAUGGCACUGAGAACAAAUCUAAAUUUGGUGCUAACGCUAUCCUGGGUGUGUCUCUGGCGGUGUGUAAGGCUGGGGCGGCGGAGAAAGGUGUUCCUCUGUUCCGCCACAUUGCUGACCUCGCCGGCCAUGCUGAUGUCAUUCUGCCCGUUCCUGCGUUUAACGUUAUUAACGGUGGCUCUCAUGCCGGGAAUAAACUGGCCAUGCAGGAGUUUAUGAUUCUUCCUGUCGGGGCAGCGAGCUUCCAUGAGGCCAUGCGCAUCGGCGCUGAGGUUUAUCACAACCUGAAGAGCGUCAUCAAGGGCAAAUACGGAAAAGAUGCCACCAAUGUAGGGGACGAGGGUGGAUUCGCCCCCAACAUUCUGGAGAACAAUGAGGCUCUGGAGCUCCUGAAGUCAGCCAUUGAGAAAGCCGGCUAUACCGAUAAGAUCAUCAUCGGCAUGGACGUUGCUGCCUCUGAGUUCUACAGGAAUGGAAAAUAUGACCUGGACUUCAAAUCCCCCGACGAUCCCAAACGCCACAUCACCGGAGACCAACUCGGAGAUCUGUACAAGAGCUUCAUCAAGAAUUACCCAGUUCAGUCCAUUGAGGACCCUUUUGACCAGGACGACUGGGAAAACUGGACAAAGUUUACUGGCUCUGUGGACAUCCAGAUCGUAGGGGACGACCUGACAGUGACGAACCCCAAACGCAUUCAGCAGGCUGUGGAGAAGAAAGCCUGCAACUGCCUGCUGCUCAAAGUCAACCAGAUCGGCUCAGUCACUGAGUCCAUCCAGGCAUGUAAACUGGCUCAGAAAAAUGGAUGGGGUGUGAUGGUUAGCCAUCGCUCUGGAGAAACUGAAGAUACCUUUAUUGCUGAUCUGGUGGUUGGACUCUGCACAGGACAGAUUAAGACUGGCGCUCCCUGUAGGUCUGAACGUUUGGCUAAAUACAACCAGAUGAUGAGAAUUGAGGAGCAGUUGGGAGACAAAGCCAAGUUUGCGGGGAAAAAUUUCCGCCACCCCAAAGUGAACUGAGCUGCGAGGAGCCGAGUCGCCACCUGUCCCAAACACUCGCAUUAAACACUCGCGUUAAACACUUGUUUUCAUGAAAGACUUUUUAUACUGAGGCUCAGUUUGAGUUGGAGUCCUGCAGUUACACACAUUUUAACAGAAUGUCAAAGAUGUGAAAAUUAAUAAAAACUUUUCCUGAACAAA